AUGGAUGAUGAUGGUGGUGGUGAUGGUGAUGAUGACGACUUGACCAUGAUCAUACAGGCUCUUGUGGAUGAGCUAGAGUGGGAAAUUGCCCAAGUAGACCCCAAGAAGACCAUCCAGAUGGGGUCCUUUCAUAUCAACCCUGAUAGCAGCCAGUCAUUUGUGGAGGUGUCUUAUGCCCGCUCAGAAGCCCACUUGACAAAACUGCUGGAACAGGUUUGUGAGCAAAUGAAGGAAUAUGGGGAACAGGCUGACUCUACCACUCAUCGAAAGAAUUACAUCCGGGUAGUGAGCCAGGACAAGAGAACUAAUGAGCUGGACAUGGAGGGCAUUCAAAUUGAUGGAGACGUCAGAGCCAGCCUCAAGUUUGCAUGUGAGAGCAUUGUAGAAGAAUAUGAGGAUGAGCUCAUUGAGUUCUUCUCCUGA